UGAUGGUAUCAACACAGUAUAUUUCCGCUGUCACGUUGAUCAUGCAGUAGCGUUGCUAUUAUUGUCUGUUUUCAUUUUAACAGCUUUGGCCAGGUCAACAGAAGCUCCUACAUUUAGGCAUUGCCGUUAGAAAACAAGCACGUUAAUAAUCAAUCCAAGUGCUUUAACCUCGUUUUCCUUUCCUCCUUAUCCCCUUUAUAUCUACUAUAUCAAAUUUUAUUAGCGUCUCAGAAUAAGGGCCUGAGAUUCUGAAGCAAUCGCCGGGUUGAGAUUCCGAAGCUAACAAUCGCCGUUGUUCUCCCAAGUGCUCCCGAAGGCUGACGAAUCGCAUGGACCUUGGCGACGGCGAUGGACGCUGACGCCCAGACGCCGGAGGCACCUUCGUCGCCGCCCCGGUCCGCCCGGUCGAGGCCGUCGAGCUGGAGCAGCAGCGAGUACACGAGCCUCCGGGACGUGCUCACGGAGCUGGGCCACGGCGGCGGCGGCGGCGGCAGCUCCUCCGACGUCCAUGACUUCGACACCUCCAACAUCCCCAUCCGCAACCAGCUGCUCAAGCACGCCGCGUCCGCCUACCUCCAGUCCGCCAUCGUCGUCACGCCGCGCGACAGGGGAUGCCUGAGCAGGGCCUGGCGCCGCCGGUGCCGCGUCCUGCUCCGGCCGUGCCCCGGGUGGGAGUGCGACGUGGACGUGGACGUCGGCCCCGUCCGCCGCUGCGCCGCCGCGCUGGCCGGCUCGGCGCGGCGCGUCCUCGCAUGCCUCUGCGGCUGCGUCGCCUGCGCGUGGACGUAG